AUGGCGGACCGCCUAACGCAGUUGCAAGACGCGGUUACUCAUCAAGCUGAACACUUCUACAACAGCAUUGGAAUCUUGCAGCAGUAUGCACCUAGCAGUCCUUUUCCAGGUUUUGAAAAGCCAGGUGGCAAACCACCUUCACCUCCUCCCCAAGAGGAUUAUGCUGCAUUGUUUGCAAAACUCAUCACCAGAACAGCUAAAGAUAUUGAUGUUCUCAUAGAUAACUUGCCCAGUGAAGAUUCCUCUACAGAGCUUCAGAUCGCUAGUUUACAGAAGUUGGAGCUUGAGAACCAAGAAGAAGCCGAAAGAUUGGAAGAAAUUGUCACGCGGGGAGAAAUGUUGUUAAAAACUAUACAGAAAUCACUGGAGGAAAUUGCUGCAUCUCAGCUCCAUAGUCAGGCACUGGAAAGCAAUUUUAGCUUGUCAUGA